AUGGCAAUUCAAAGAGUCAAUCCACAUCAACUGAUGAUACCGCUCCAAUCCCUAAAUCCACAUCCAACAGUGAUGCCACCCCAAAGAAAAGAGACAGACCUCCAAAGAUUAACUUUAUCAACUAAAAUGACCUAUCAUGUUUAUGUGAGUAGUAGUGAUUGGGAUCUGCUUAAACAAAUAUUUAAUUUAGAAUAUUCAUUAUUAGAGAACAACAGUUCUUUUCAAUUUGAAAUAAAUAAACAAGUGCCUAUACGAUCGAAUGAUAGUCCAUACAAAUGUUAUUCAAAUCAGUUUAAUAUCGAUCCAUGUUGGAUUUCACGUUGCCUAAUGAUACCAAAAUCAAAAUCAUUCUUUAAAUGUGUUAAAAGAUCAGGUGACCAAAUUGACAGUUUCAAAUUAACUAAACUUCGUGAUCGACUCAUCGAAAGCCUCGCCACAAGUCAACGCCAACAAAAAACAAACAUGCACCAACAAUUGUCUAAAAUAUUAGAACCAACUACAUCACAAGAAAACCCACUUCUCCAAAACAAUACCAACACACUUCAUAACAUCACUACAUGUAUACCCAAUAAGAAUAUAAGCCAAGAAGUUAUUCUAAGCUCAACUCAACUAUCAACUUUUCAAAACAAUUAUCAAAUUAAUAUUAUCAACAAUUCAAUAACUAUAGUAAAUAAUAAUGUAAAUCUGGUCAACGAGCUUCAAGCUAAACUUAAUCAUAUGGAGGCCGAGCUUGAACAUACCAAUGCCGAGCUUGAACAUACCAAAGCCGAGCUUGAUCAUGCCAAGGCCAAGCUUAAGGAUACAGAGACCGAGCUUGAUCAUACCAAGGCCAAGCUUAAGGAUACAGAGACCAAGCUUUAUCAUACCAAGGCCGAGCUUGAUCAUACCAAGGAUGUGCUUAAGGAUACAGAGACCAAGCUUGAUCAUACCAAGGCUGAGCUUGAUCAUACCAAGACCGAGCUUGAUCAUACCAAGGCCAAGCUUGAUCAUACCAAGGCCAAGCUUGAUCAUACCAAGGCCAAGCUUGAUCAUACCAAGGCUGUGCUUAAGGAUACAGAGACGAUUACAAUUAACUAUUAUGAAUAUCGUACAACAUUAUUUAAAAAAGUUAGAGCAAUCUGA